GGUCCCUGAUAAUUCGGCUGCUAGUGCUGUUCGUAAUCUUCGGAGGUUUUUUUUUUUUCUUGAAGUUGAAAGUGUCAUUAAUAACCGGCCAUAUACCUUUAUUUACAAAGAACCUGGAGAAACGGUAAUAAUACCCAAUCAUUUAAUCAAAUUAUCAUUGUGCAAAUAUAAACCAACGUAAUAACCAUCUAUUAAUGCUGUUGACACAUUUUAGAUCGAGAUGGAAAGACGAGUUUUAAAAAAUUUGUGUGAACAACGAAAAAGCUUCAAGAUUAAAGGUUCAUCUCUAAUUCAAGUUGGUGAUAUAGUUUUAAUAGAAGAUUCCAAUAAAUCCUAUAAACUGUGGAAAGUAUUUUUGAAGACAUCAAAGGACAAUGAAUUAAGAAGAGCCACACUGAGCGAAGCAGCUCCUUUCAAGCAUGCCAAAGAUAAUGUUGCCGAUACGAAAAACGAUAACGAAGAUGAAUUCAGUCAAGAAGAAAACAAAGAUUUAUUUUCAAAUAAACUGAAUGAUUAUGGUGGAGGGUACGGUGGUGGAUACGGAGGGUACGGUGGUGGAUACGGAAGGUACGGUGGUGGUUAUGGGGGAUAUGGUUACGGCAAAAGAGAGAUAAAUGAAGACGAAGAUAAAAGCGAAGAUGGAUAUGGCGGAUAUGGUUAUGGAAAAAGAGAAAUAGAUAGGGGAUAUGGAGGCGGAUACGGAGGUUAUGGUUACGGAAAAAAAGAGAUAAAUGAAUUUGCUGAUCCUUGGAGAGGUGGCAGCAGAAGCAGUGGAGGCGGUGGUGGUGGUGGUGGUGGAGGCGGAAGCGGAGCGGGUGGUGGAGGAGGAGGAGGCGGUGGUGGAGGUGGCGGAGGUGGUGGAGGUGGUGGUGGUGGAAGUAGCUGGGGAAGAGGAAGAGGCAGAGGCAAAUAAUAAAGAAGACCGCAUUCGAUUUCAAUCCGAAAUUACGAAAAAUAAUUGUAAUCUUAAUUCAUUAAUAUAUAUACUUUUAACUAA